AUGGAAAACGGGACUCUUCCAUAUUACUUCAACCUCACCAUGUUUGUGAACAUCGGAUCUUACCGCUACCCUGCCUUUGUGUUUUGUCUCCUGUUGUUUGCCAUGAUUGUCUCUGCUAACCUUGUCAUUAUACUGGUAAUAUCACAACAGAGGACGCUACAUGAGCCUAUGUACUUUUUCAUUGCAUGUCUGUCUAUUAACUCUUUGUAUGGUUCUGCUGGGUUUUUCCCCAGAUUCCUAAUAGACCUUCUAUCUGAUACUCAUUUGAUCUCACACUCAGCUUGUUUCACUCAAAUCUAUGUGAUCUAUACCUAUGCAUCCAAUGAACUCACCAUCCUGAGUGUUAUGGCAUAUGAUAGGUAUGUUGCUAUCUGUCAGCCUUUACACUAUCACACCAAAAUGACCCUUAAAACAGUAUCCAAGCUGGCAGCUUUUGCAUGGAUUGUCUCAGCCUCUUCAGUUACAACAUGCACUUAUUUGACUGCCAAGCUUCCUUUGUGUGGAAAUAAGAUACAUAAAGUCUUCUGUGCCAUCUGGAAUAUUUCAAAACUGUCAUGUGUUAGAACAGUUAUCAACAACAUUGUUGGGUUAUUAUUGGUUGGAACCACAGUUUUAAUUGCGGUGUCUUAUGUAUUUUAUACCUAUAUUCGAAUUAUUCUUGUUUGUAGGAGAAGUUCAUCUGAAUUUAAAGGGAAAGCGUUACAAAGCUGUCUGCCACACACAGUUACAUUUCUGAUUUAUUCCAUCACAGGAUUUAGUGAUGUUGCCCUCAGCCGUGUAAAUAUUGAACAACUGAAUCCAUACGUAGCAGUAAUUUUAUCACUAGAAUUUGUGGUGAUUCCUCCACUUCUAAAUCCUGUUGUUUAUGGCCUUAAGUUACCAGAAAUUAGAAAACAUAUCUCAAAAAUGUUAUCAUGGUAA